UCCAAUAGACUAUACAUUCUUUUGUGUUUAUGAUACAUCCAAUAGAAUCGAUAGAAGUGAACAUUAAUUAACAAAUUAUUUAAUUGUUAUUAUGAAGACGGUUUUAAACAGCAUUGUGAAGGGCUAUUCGUAAAGCCAUGUACGACGGGGAGUUUAAACUGCCAUGGAUUAAUUCUGAAUACAUUACACAGAAUCUUGCUUUUGUGUAUAUGUAUUAAAUUUUUUAUCAAGAUUUUAAGCAGAUUGUGUUCUAAUGUUUUGGAUUACUUCGAAUCGGAAACUAAUCACCAAUAUCUAGGUAUCGUUUUCAUUGGGUAUGUUUUUCUCAGUUUAAUCAGUGUGUGGCAUUAGUUUGUUUGUUUCUUGUUUUAAGAAAUCGAGAUCUCCAACACAUAGACAAAGGAUAGAGUGACUGGACGCUAAACAUUUUAGUAGUCUUUUUUCAUGUUUUUGGAAGUCCGACAUCUGGGACGCAUACAAUCGUGUCUUGGUACUUUUGAUUUGUGUUUGUGACAUUGUCGAUCUAAACAAGGAGUCAAUAUGACCGCUCCAACGGCCCCAAUAGGGUGGUCCUCCGCGAGGAUGAACAUGCACUUUAAACCGGUAACACCAAGGAAGGCUGAGACAGGGAUGUACUUUAACCUCCACAAAAACGUGAAAAGGUCUCUGCUUCCCAAAGAAGUUCAAAACAUGGAAACCCAAAGUGUGGACCUUGCCAGACAGAUACUUCACCGCCAAAGACAGAAGUCUCGGAUUUCCCGCGAGAAAUACAGGCAACUCGUCUCUCAAGGAUCUUCUAGGUUCACAGUCGUCAAUUCCGAGCCCGGAGGUCGUACAAAUUUUUCUGAGGAUUUUUCUAGAAAUCUUUAUCUUCCACCCGUUGGGCGCCAAAAGCCAAACACACCUAUGACCCCUGGGUCAAGGUACACUGCCGAUGACGUCAGAAGUAUUGUGGAUAGACUGUCGACAUACGAUCCAUGUAAAGUUCCAGAGUCCAGGGGACAGUUUAUAAAAUUACCGCCCCCUAUCGUGUAUAAGAAAAAAUACAGCGAAAACGAGGUUCAGUCAAUCGUGGACCGAUUAUCGGAGUAUAACCCACUGAAAGGUCCAGCGGAAUCGAAAGGGAUUCCAACCAUAGUUCGCAGAAUCCCGCGUCAAAGUAUGGUUCCACCACAGAAGUGUACUUCCGAUGAAGUGGAAGACAUCGUAGAAAGAUUGUGUAGCGUUCAUUUUGAUAUUCCUGAAAAGGAACAUCGGUACGUGCCAACACCUUAUCCACUUUCAGCACGAUCGUAAGAUGUAUCCAUCGAUUAAGGAAAGAUUUCGAGGGAAAACCCUAAAUUUGUUUGCAGCCAAGUGCAAAUGAUCUUUGGAUCUGUUUGGAACUGAAAGCUUAUGUGAGUUUUCGAUCGAACGGUCCUUUGCCGUCUAACCAUGCUUCUGGAUUUCGAUUUACUACAAGCAUGACAUUUUCACACUGCAAUGGACAAAUUGCAAGAAAUGCUGGCUUUAUAAAUUCAAGGUGUUUUCUGAUUUCGAUAUCAGUUUGUUUCGAUUCUAUUUUAGCUCCACGGUUGAUAAAUGAAAUCCUUGGUGCUAUCUAGUGCUGCAUUUGUGUCUCUUACUUGUUUUGUUAAUCGGUAUAAGCACGUCUCUAGUCUAUCAAAUCUCACAGGAAGAGUUUGACUCUUAUCUACAGUGCUUAAAUGUUGAAAAUGAUCAAAUUUAGAGUCAUUUUGAUCACAAGUG